UUGCCACCUCUUUAUUCAGGUAUAAAAAGAUCUUCUCCAUCAGUUGCGCUUCAUCUGAACCGGCUCCAAUAUGCCACGGUACAUCUCUGUGAUUCUCAUCAUCGUGUUCUGCUCCAAAGCACUGACACUGAGCUGUUAUAACUAUACAGCACUAUAUAACUGUACAGCAAGUUCACAGGCAGGAUGCUCAACGAUUAACUGUGACUCCAAAUGUGGCUUGGUCGGCAUAUAUAACAAUGGCAAGAAAGUUUUUACAAAUAGGACUUGUGUGAGUCCUGGCUCCUGUGUUAAUUCAAGCUUCAAUCUUGGAGUAGUGAAAUUGGCCUUUAACGCCCAAUGUUGUGGUGCUGAUCUAUGCAACAAUCAGGAUCUACCUGAGACGUUACAAAAGCAGUCUUAUAAUGGUAAGAGGUGCUACACCUGUAAUGUCACAGACUGCUCGAAGAUUUUGGAUUGCGAAGGUGAUGAAAACCAGUGCAUCAGUGUGUCAUAUGUAUGGAUUAACAACACAAUCACUUACAAAGGUUGUGCAAGCAGCUGUGACACUAGUAAUAUACUGACUUCUAUGUAUCGUGUUCAGUGCUGCACAGGAGACCUGUGUAAUGAUGCCCAGGACACGACUCAGAGUUUGGUGCUGCUACUCGCACCACUUCUUUACAUACUCAUGAUCUGAGAUCUCUUCUACCUUUUUUAUAUCAAGUAUACAAUUAUAUUUCUAAAACAAUGUAAAAUAAACAUCAGAUUAACAUUACAUUUUUCUGUAGAUAUGACAGCUAUAAUUGGUUUGCAGAAACCACAGAGAAAAUGUUUGAAAAGUUGACCAUAUACUGUAUCUUUGGUUAUAACCAAAUGAAAUGUUAAAAAUACAGUAAUGUUUUUGAUGGUUAAUACAUCAAUAAGGGAUAUUGUGGUGUGAUAUAUAUUGGGUGACUGAGCCCAGUUGCAUAAACGUAGCCGCUAUGUUAAGACGUGUUUUAACAGCUAUUCUCACAGACUAGGAAUUAGUUAGGAGGACUAAUCAGUAUUAAUUUUCAUAUUUCAAUUAGCCAAAUCUACCUUUUUAUGUAACUGAUUUAAAAAAGUUAUGACAAGUCUCCAAGAAAAAAAUGGGAUGAUUAACAUCUAACACCGCAUCCUAACCACUGAGAUUCCUGCGAUACGCAAUUUGUUUGUCCAUACCGAACGCGAAAAAGGGGCGGGACGCGACAAUCAAUCACAAAACGCAGCCAAUCAGAACUGUUUUUCGCUGUUCACGCACCCUCUCACGCUGCAGCUAAAGAGUGCACAUGCAGAGCGAUGCGUCCUGUUCUCAUGAGUGCAGUGACGCCUCACCGGACGCUAUGAUAUAAUUUUAGAAUCUAAACGUAUGUAAUCAAACGUAUAUAGCCUGUCCUCAUCCAUGUUUGGUGAUUAAUAUUCAUGAGGUGCAGAACUUACAUCGAAUGAGAUCGUUGUGUGGGCGGAGCUGUCAGCCGCGACGUCGCGGAAAUAAAAACCGUUUCUAAAAUAGAAACGGCCGUUGCUCGUCGCGCAGCGCUGACGCGGCUGGUUAGGACAAAACCUCUGAUUAACAUGGAAAAGAUAGAUACCCUAUAUCGCUUGUCGCAGCGUCGCAUCGCGUUUGGUUAGGACGCGGUGUAAGACUAGUCUAAGCAGUUUAUGCAACUGGCCUCUGGUCUGAAAAGUCUUUUGUUAUCGUGUUUGUUCCCCCAUCGUGGGUUUUUGUUUUACAUUUUAAUAAAUAUUUUCUGUUAACC